CGGACGUGAGUGGAAAGAAGAUGGCGGUGCAGGUGGUGCAAGCUGUGCAGGCGGUUCAUCUUGAGUCUGACGCUUUCCUAGUUUGUCUCAACCAUGCUCUGAGCACAGAAAAGGAGGAGGUGAUGGGUCUAUGUAUAGGGGAGAUGGAUACCAUCAGAAUUGUUCAUAUCCAUUCUGUCAUCAUCUUGCGGCGUUCUGACAAGAGAAAGGACCGUGUAGAAAUUUCUCCAGAGCAGCUGUCUGCAGCCUCAACAGAGGCAGAAAGGUUGGCUGAACUAACAGGUCGUUCCAUGAGAGUUGUUGGCUGGUAUCAUUCCCACCCUCAUAUAACUGUUUGGCCCUCACAUGUUGAUGUUCGUACACAAGCCAUGUACCAAAUGAUGGAUCAAGGCUUUGUAGGACUUAUUUUUUCCUGUUUCAUAGAAGACAAAAACACAAAGACUGGUCGGGUACUCUACACUUGCUUCCAAUCCAUACAAGCCCAAAAAAGCUCAGAGUAUGAGAGAAUUGAAAUCCCAAUCCAUAUUGUACCUCAUAUUACUAUUGGGAAAGUAUGCCUUGAAUCUGCAGUAGAGCUGCCAAAGAUCCUGUGUCAGGAAGAACAGGAUGCAUAUAGAAGGAUUCACAGCCUUACACACCUUGACUCAGUGACCAAGAUCCAUAAUGGCUCAGUAUUUACCAAGAAUUUGUGCAGUCAGAUGUCAGCAGUGAGUGGGCCUCUACUACAGUGGCUGGAGGACAGAUUGGAGCAAAACCAGCAACAUUUGCAGGAGUUGCAACAAGAAAAGGAAGAGCUUAUGGAAGAGCUGUCUUCCCUAGAAUAAAGCAGGAGAACAAACAACAACAACAAAAAAACCUGUGGUAAUAUUGUUUUUUUUUUCAGUUUUUGUGCUGAAUAUGGUCCAAAACUAUACACAACUCCUAUAUAGGCAAAUAAUAUAACAGCACUUUUUAUAUCCCAACAAAUAGUUUGGUGUAUAUAAAAACAGAAGACAUUUUCUUAAAAUUUCCCCAGAGCUUAUAGAAUUCUCCUACCUAUAAUUACUUUAAAAAGAAAACAUGCAGGAUGACUUAAGGAGAAUAUGAAAGCUAUUUUGUAAGGGGCAUGGGAAGUACAUUAGCAAGAAAUAUCUGAGAAUAAAAUGUCUGAAAGGUUUACUUUAAGUUUUAAAAAUAUUUAUACAUACACACACACACACACAUACGCACACACACACACACACAUAUAUAUAUUGAGCUAGAGUGUCAGUGUAUAUCCCUAGCUAUCCUGGAACUCACUAUGUAUACCUCACUAAACUGCCUCACUAAGCUUCCCUCAAACUCACAGAGAUCUACCUGCCUCUGACUCUAUAGUGCUAGGAUUAAAGGCAUGUGCUACCUACCAUGCCUGGCACUAAAUGUUUAUUCUCAAUGAAUAUUUAAUGUUAACAUUAACAAUUAAUUAAUAACCAUUACAGCAUAAACCUUUUUUUGAGACACUGUCUUAUGUAUCCUAACUGGUUUGGAAUUCACAGAAAUCUACUUUCCUCUGUUUCCCAAAUGGUGGGGCUAAAGAUGUAUAACAGUAACAUAAACUUCUUAGAAUUUGAAGUCUUCGUUUUUAUUUUCAGAUGUAGCCAUCCUAUGUAAUACGAUAAAGGAAGAAUAGCACUUGGUAUUUCUAUUUUACAGCUUGAUGUUUCUGCUAGGCAAGUGAAUCCUAAGUACUAUAGAGUUAAUGGAAAAACAUGCAGGUAGCCCAUUAUCACCCAUCUCUGUUGAUUAUACUCACUUUGAAUCAUGUAUCAUGCCUUCCUUCUUGAUUUCUAAAUAUGUAUUAUGAUAUAUCCAAAUUUGAAUCUGUGUGCAUGCCCUUUUAAGCAAACAAGUGAAUUCUAGCUUAUUUGCGUCUAAAACAAAUUCUUACUGAUCCUAAGAAUUUAAUUAUAAUAUGACCUUGAUUUUUUUUUAGAAAUAUAGGUUGUAAUAGAAAUCAUGCUUUUAAAAUAUGUGAUGUUCGUAGUAUUCCUUCAUAUGUAGCCACUAAUGCUAAAUGUGUGUUCAGAAAAAGAGUUGAGCCUGUUGCAUCCUGGGAACUAACGUAGGAACUGGGAAAAGAGUGAAAAGAAAGAAAACAGAGAGUAAUAGUCCCAACCACAGUGAUAUUUGGGAUUUUGGCUUGUAUCCUUAUUUUUUUCCUACAUUAUUUUUUUUUCAGUUUUCCAGAACCACUUGCACCAGAAUUGCUCAAAGGUCAAAGUCAAUCUUUGAGGCUAGAACCUAAAAAUCUACAUGAUCUACUUAGCUGAUUCUGAGGCAUACUUACAUUUGAAAACAAAUAUUCUUAGGGCAUAUGGAAUGUAAAUGUUGUAUUUUCUUUAAUUCUCUCCUACCGCAAUUAUUAUUUAUUCAUUUUCUUUUUUAUAGGGCAGAUGAAAAUACCUGACAUACAAUUUAUUAAACUAAAUCCAUUUUGAAAAAGAUAAAAGUUAGAAAGCCUACAUUAUAUAACUUCAAGACUUAUUAUAAAGCUAUAGUAAUCAAGAUAUUAUAUUUGCAGAAGAAUCAAUGCAACAGGAAAGAAAAUUCAGAAAUAAACCCACAAUGAUAUGCUUAACUAAUUUUGAAAAGGUACAAAUGUGAUUCAAGGAAGAAAAGACAGUCAUUUCAACAAAUUGAACCUCCACAAGCCAACAAAAUAUAUUCUAAAAGUACUUCCAAAUGUAUCAUGGAUUUAAAUGUAAUAUGAAAAACUUAGAAAAAAAAUUAAAGAAAAAAAUUUCAAGAGUUAAGUAUAUUCAACUCAAAAACACAAUUUCACAAGAAAACAAAGAUAUAUUGGACUUCAUCAAAAUUAAAACUUUAUUCUGCAAAAAAUUAAGACAAAACCAUGUAAUAUCUGAUCAGUGAAAAAGAUAUGCUUAAAACUCAAAAAUAAACAAUACCAGUAGAAAAUGAAAAAAACAUAAAUAUUGUCACUACAGAGGGUAUAUAGAUGGCAAGUAAUUAUGUGAAUAUAUAUUGAGGAAUGCCACUUAAAACUACAGCAUGGUGUGGCAUAUACUUAUCAGGACUGUUAUAGAAAAAAAUAAUAAAAAUACAAAAUACUUUUGAGGAUGCAAACUAGAUUUCUCAUACACCAAUGACAGGAAUAUAAAAAUACAGCUACUGGGUAGAAGAGUUUGGAAAUUUUUGUAAAGUUUAACAUACACUUAACAUGAAUCAGCAGUCAUACUAUCUUGGCACAAAAACUUUUACAAAAUUCUUCUUGGCAGCUUUAUUUGGAUAGCUGCAAAUUAGAAACAAAUAUUCUAAAGUGAGUAAGUUGCUAAACAAACCCUUCUUACUAUGAACUACUACUUUGUAGUGGAAAGGAACAUACUGCUAAUAUGAUGACCCUUGGGCUAUUAUAGUAAAUGAAAAACUGAUAGUCUUAAGAGAUGGCUUACUAUAUGGUUGCAUUUCUAGAGCAUGGUUUAAAUGUCAGAAUUAAUGACAAGAACAAAUUAAUGUAUUUCCAGAGUCAGGGAUUAGACAUUGUAUAGCAUAUGUAUUCUUACUAUGGUGUGACAUAAAAGUUAAUUUAGGCUGAUGAAACAGUUUUGCACCUUAAAUUUAGUGUUUAGUAUAUAAGUCUAUUCCUGUGCUAACAUUUUAUAGAUUUAUAUACAGACAAGUCAAUACAUGUAAAAAUCUAGAAGUGAAUAGAAAGUAAGAUUGCACUUUAUGAAAUAGAGUGAUGGAUGAGCCAUAUGUAGUGCCACAUGCCUACUAGGUGACCAUCAAGUAUACUUUUAGGUCAGUGUUCAUACUUUAAAAAUAUUGAUCAUCAGAAAAAACAGUGGUAUGAAUGAAAUGUGAUUAUUUUCCUAGUUAUACCUAUAUGGUUUACCUUUACACAAAACAUUGUAUUCCAAUAUACAACCUUGUAUCCUUUCUGAUUUUUCCUUUUCAAUCACAGUCAAAUUCUCUUGGGAACAGAAAGUACUUGUUUAAAUGGGUAUGUUCUCCCUCUGGGUUUUUAAAGCCUUUUUUGAGAUAGGGCCUCACUCAACAGCCAAAGCUGGCCCUAAUCUAGCAGUUCUCUUGCCUCUACCUCCUAAGUGGUAGUAUUACAGGCAUAGAAACACCAUGCCUGGCUGAUUCUUUAUUUUCUUAUAUUUUUGGUUGU